AGAGUAAUAAUAAUAAUAUGGGAUAAUCAGCGUGGGAACCUUAAGACGAAACAACAGGAAGCGUCGUAGCUUCAAAAGGAAACAAAACGCAAUAAGUGCAACGCGAUGUAGUAAGCAUAACAACUGAAACGUAACUCUAAAAAUACACAAAGACGGAGACAGCCGAAGAAACUACAACGGCGCCCCCGGGCCAUAUCAAGACACACGUGACUUGAAAGUAAAGCCGAAGUUUACUUUUGUUCUUCGGAGCCGAACCGGCUGGCCGGGUUCUGCGCCUGCGCAAAGGCAGUUUUUCGCAGCGACUCCAACCUUUUUUUUUGUUAGGAAUGAAGCGAUUGUAGAGAUCGCGUUGUAAGCCUAGAGACCGCCUCGAGAAGAAACAUCGCGCCGCCGAGGGCGCACGGACAGUCACUACUUCGUCGUGGGGUCCCUUCUUUGUUUGCUAGCCUACCUGCUGCUGGGUAAUGCUCACUGACCCCUGAAGGCAUUUGGAAUUGUGGAGUGUGAGUCCAUCGGAAUGCGGCGUUUAUGAAGAAAGCGGGCUUCCGGCAGAUCCCAUCAUCCAGAAAAUCAAAGCAAAAAAAAAAAAAAAACAAAGCAAGACAUUUCCAGUUCCAGUCCCAACUCAGUCACUGACUUUUGUAAUGACAUGAAAUAAUCACGACUCUUCGUCUGCCAGAUGAAGUGUGAAAGGAGGGUACAGCAGAUAAUCCUUCAACAGAGAAACACUGGCAACACCCUAUCCUGUUAGGAGAUUUUUCAGUUCAAAGAAGUCUGAGGGCUGAGCAGCCUUUCCUGUCUCAGACAGAGGAUGUCUACAGAACUGGUCAAGCCCUGUCAGCUGGACAGGACAGGAAGCUUCUUCAAGUUGAUUGAUGCCUUUGCCUCAGAGAUAGGAGAGCUGAAACAGGAGAUGGUACAGCCAGGAGAGUCUGCUGAUGAAGACCAAGACGGCUCAAGGAUGCAGAGCUUAGCUGAAGAUGUUGAGAGCCUCUUUCUACAGGAGAUGGAGCUCAAGAGCAGUGCUCGUGAUUCUGGCUAUGAUUCUUUAAAGAGAAAGAUCAGCAUUCUGGAUCGACUCAUUCAAACACAUCCAGUAUGGUUGCAGCUUACAAUGAGUGAUGAAGAGGCAAUUCAGAUUUUACAGAGGCAACAACCUGGGAUAUUUAUUGUAAGAAAAUCAGCCAAACUUCAGAAGAAGAUUAUAUCUUUGCGCCUUGGAAAUGAAAUCACAACAUCCAUCAGAGAUUUCCCAAUAAAGGAAAGCCAAUUCACUUUCUCCUUGGAAGGAUCUGGCAUUAGCUUUGCUGACCUAUUUAGGCUUGUUGCGUUUUAUUGUAUCAGCAGGGAUGUUCUGCCUUUCACCUUAAGACUACCUGAAGCAAUUGUAGUUGCAAAGUCACAAGCUGAUCUUGAACAGGUUUCAAAGUUGGGAGUAGGUGAAUUCUGGAAUUCCUCCCUGUUCAACAAUAACAAGGAUUCUGCUGUCAUUCCUCCAAAUGCUGUGAAAUGUAGCAGGCUGGGUGAGCUCAAGAAACAAAUUCCCAGGGAACCCCUCUCAAACGGUGUGCAUUCUCUCCAUACAAGAACUCCUUCUGAAUUGGAAUGCAGCCAGACCAACGGGGCUUUGUGUUUUGUUAACCCCCUCUUCUUGGAAGUACAUCAGCAAGCAAAAGGUGCUGGAGGAUCUCUCAAGCGACCAAAAAUCCAAGACUCCUCUGCCCAGAAAAAAUCUCGUGUUCCUCCACCAAGACCACCCCCUCCAGUAAUUCAAAAACCAUCUGCUUUGCAAGACCAAGUGAAACAGGUGAGCAUGCCCCAAACCAGCAGCUGUUUAAAGCAGCACCAAGAUAAUACCAUGGGACCCGGUCUAAGCCACUCAAAGAAGACCACGCCUGUCCCCCCACCACGACUAAAAAAACGCAUCAGCCUGAGUGAAAGUGAACAAAGCAAGAAAACCGUCCAAGAGAGCAGGGACACAGAAAUGCAGUCAAACGCACCUGAGGCUGUAGUCUCCAGAACUUCGGAAAAGGACAUGUGUGUAUCCAAAAGGCUAAAUGCCAACACAACAUUAAAUGCUACAUUGUGUUCCCAAAAUGCCAUGCAUGUCCAACAGAAUGGAGGAGGCCGUCAGAGGCUGAGUGAUAUGAGUAUUUCUACAUCAUCUUCAGAUUCCCUGGAUAUGGACCGCACGUUCCCUCCUCCUGGCUGCCCAGGCUGUGAGGACAGCAGCCCAGAGGAUGACUAUGGGCCUGAGAGUGACUCGGAAACCAUGGCUCCCCCACUCAAACUGAAAAAGAAACGCUCUACCUCUUUCGUUCUUCCCCACAUUGUCAAGACUCAGUUCCGAAAAGUGAGUGGAGUCUUCAGCUCAUUCAUGACUCCAGAGAAAAGGAUGAUUAAAAGAAUUGCUGAAGUGUCGCGGGACAAACGUACCUAUUUUGGAUGCCUGGUACAAGACUACAUCAGCUUCCUACAGGAGAACAAAGGAUGCCACGUCUCUGGCACUGACAUGCUGCAGACUGUGAGGCAGUUCAUGACACAAGUCAAGAAUUACCUGGCACAAAGCUCCGAGCUUGAUCCUCCAAUCGAAUCUCUCAUUCCAGAAGAUGAAAUAGAUGUGGUCCUUGAGAAAGCAAUGCAUAAGUGUAUUUUGAAGCCCCUUAAAGGACACAUUGAAGCUUGUCUCAAGGAAUUCCUAGAGUUGAACGGCUCAUGGAAACAGCUGAAGGAAAAUUUGCAGCUGGCUAAGCAGAAGACACCACAGGAGCUGGGAGUGGAUGCAACUGCUCCCGAUUCUAUAAUGAUUGAGAAGAUUCGGCACAAGUUCCACACCAUGCAGAAGAUGUACUCUCCUGAAAAGAAGGUGAUGCUCUUGCUUCGGAUAUGCAAGCUCAUUUAUACCGUCAUGGAGAACAACUCAGGAAGGAUGUAUGGAGCUGAUGACUUCCUUCCCAUGCUGACGUUUGUAGUAGCGCAGUGCGGUAUGCCAGAGCUGGACCUUGAAAUUGACUACAUGAUGGAACUUCUGGACCCUUCAUUGCUCCAUGGAGAAGGUGGUUAUUACCUAACCAGUGCCUAUGGAGCUAUGUCCUUGAUCAAAAACUUCCAGGAGGAGCAGGCAGCCAGAAUGUUGAGCUCAGAAACUAGAAACACUCUUCACCAGUGGCACCGCCGCAGAACCACCAUUAGGACAAUUCCCACUGUGGAUGAUUUUCAGAAUUAUUUGAGAGUGGCCUUUCAGGAAAUCAUCAGCGGUUGCACGGCUAAAACGUUGAUGGUAAAGCCUUACAUGACCACAGCAGAAGUGUGCGAACUGUGUGCCGACAAGUUCCGAGUUCAGGAACCCGACAGUUAUGCCCUUUUCCUCGUCACAGAGGAAACAAGUCAGCAGCUGGCAUCAGACACCUACCCUCAAAAAAUAAAGGCAGAACUUCAUAGCCGCCCCCAGCCUCACGCUUUUCAUUUUGUGUACAAACGUCUCACCAGUCUUCAUAUUUGCGUCCCUCCUGAUGAAGAGAAUGGAAACAUUUAUUUCUAAAUCUGCUUUUACUGCUUCGGCACUUUCCAUGCGAUUUGACAGGAAGGAGCCUGGCUGUACUGUUAAACACUAUUCUGCUGGCAGAUGAUGUGCUUGGGUUAAAUUUCAGGAAGCUUGCUUUAUAAAAUGUACAGCACUUAUUACCUCAGGGUCUGGGCUACGUCUGUGCUGAGGGAACUCCGUUGUCACCUUGGAGCACUGAAGUAUUGACACUGAGGCAUUUUCUUUUUAAGACUGAUGAAAAGUGGGUGUUCUUCCUUAAUAUCAGGAUAAUCUUUUCUUCAUAUUUGUGGUACAGUACGUCGUCAGAAGAAACGCUUCAGGAAGUGUGGUGACGCAGAGCUUCGCCACAUUUCUGAGACAGUUGCAUUUUUUUGUAAAGUUAAAUAUUAUUUUAUAGUAAAGUUUUUUUUUAUAUGUACAAACAAGUCUUAGAAAUAAUCGAUCAGCAGUUACUGGUUAACUGCGCAGGCUGUGGUUUAUAAUUUGAAAAAUUAUUAUUUUUUUUUUAUUUUAUUUUGUAAGUGAAUAUGUUGGUUUGUAACAGUUUGCAUGUAUAUUUGUAACAUUUAACAAACUGUUACACCCUUUAUGGACCAGUACACUUUGACUAAAGGUAUGCAGAGAUACUGGGAAUUUUGUACCCUCUUUAAAAGGGGAGUUCUCAGCCUCUAGCUGGUGACACAUUUUGAAAAAUGUUGGUCUCUCCUAAAUUUGAAUUUACUGUCAAUUGACUGAGCACCACUGGUGGUGUUAAAUUAUGGCUGUUAACUUUUAAAGCAGGGAUUUUUUUAAAAAAGUGGUUCAUUUUAUUCCAAGCAGAACUGUAGAUUUCACCGCAUGAACUUUUUUGCCAUCUACAUCUGCAGUCUCUCCCUUGUCCUGCAUUUGUUAACUAAGGGUACAUCCACACUACUACGUCUUCAUUUAAAAUCAGCUUGACAUCAUUAAUUAAAGUAUUUUCAUCCUUACUGAAAUGACUAAAAGCACUUAUUACGCAAUCGUCCGCCUGCACUGGGCACACACGCUACAUAGAUGCCUUAAAAUGGGCAUAAAUUGUGGCACGAGUGUAAGCCUGAUUUGCAUUUGUCAGCUGAUUUUCUGAGUUGGCCUUAAUGUCAGCUUCAUCACAUGCAAUAUGACAAGGGCUGUGAUGCCCGAUUGACGUAUCAGAAAUUUCAGUUGGACGUCUUGUGGUGAGAGCAGUCUCACAGGCUGAUUUUCUGAUGUCAUCAUGAAAGUACCAGACACGCAUUGUGCAUCAGCUGCCAUGCGUGUGUAUCAUACACAUGUGUAGUCUGAGCACCUUCGUCAUGGCAUGUCAAUCAGUCAGAAUGUGCUUGUGUAGUAUGGGCACACGUACGAUUGGUGACUCUUAUCGUGCAGCGUGAGUAGUUACUUGACCACGAUUUCUAAAAAUUGCACAAAACACAAUUUAUAUUACAUACCGGUAGGCAAUAAAACAAGUGCCAUGGAAAGCAACUCCUCUCUGCCUACAAUUUUGGAAUAUAUAUUUAUUCCAUGAAGGGUGACCAAUCAGAGAAUGAGAUAUUGUAAGGAGCAGGGAAGAGGUGCAUCAUAAGCAUAAACCAAUCAGUGUGCGAUGGAGGCUGCAUUUUCAGAAAUCAUCAGUUUUACACUCAUCCACAUGGAAACGCCAUGCUGGUGUUUUAAAAAUCUCCAGCUCUGAAGAGUGUGUUCAAAACUUUAAUGUCAGUUGAAAACUUAAGGGUAGUGUGGACAAAAGGCAGAAAAGGAGACAAAAUGUCUGCGUUUUUAAAGAAAAACGUACUGGUGUGGACGGGGCCUAAGUUACAAGAAAUGCAAGAUAAAAUGGGUUAUAGAUAAUUACAAUUCACCAUUUUAACUUUUUAAUCAAGGUCUUAAGGACAUCUUAACAUCCUAACACUGGUUUAUAAAGAGAACUGUUGCUCUCUUGUUGGAUUUAGAGUAUAAAUGUAUGUUAUUACACAAGUAAAUUAACUUUUUGUGCCUGCUUUGAGGAAUUUCAGGGACAGAAAGCCAGAUGGGUUUUCUUGCCUUUUUGUUUGUCUGUGUUCUCUUCAGGACAAUAUUCUCUCCAUAAACUGCAGAGUCCUAAGCUGAUUUUAAAGUUGUCUGUUUAGAGGUUGCAAGAAAGUUUUGUAAAGUCAGAGAAAAGAAAGAGUAUGUGAAUGUGAAUGGGUGGGCUGGGAUACGGACGUGUCAUUUACAGUUAAGCAAAAUGCAGUACAAGAGUGAGCCUUAGCAGACAAAUGUUGGGUCUACCUAUAAGGGAUAAUUCACGGUGAUUUCAUUGAUUUCCUGGAAUUGCCAAGUUUCAUUGUUGAUUGUUUCAGCAGCUUCACAUUCGUAGCCUUCAGCGUUAUCCGCAGGGAGUUCAUCUGUGUCAGGAGACACCGUCUCAUCCUCUCACCAUUGAAGGGGCUAAGUUAGGGAAGUGGUAACGCCUCAAUGAGGAACACAUCUCUACGGAUGGAAAUGAAUUUAAAGAACCACAAGUGGCUAGAAAUUAACACUUUCCUGCUUUCUUUAAAAGCCGAAAACAAGUAUGUGAGUAUACAAAAUUGGCCAUGCAUGAAUUUCCUUCCGGUUUACUAGAUAUACUGUACGUAUAUGAAAUCUAUAAUUUGUUUUUUAGUUCCCCUACAAAUAUCAUGUUAUUUUGGAAAACUACAGUGUUUAUCACCCACUUGCUUUUGUUAAAUUAUUGUAGCUGGUAUCCACUGACAGUAUUCUUCUUUUUUCACUGGUCAUUUGUGGUAGAGUAAAAUACUAUUCAUAACUGUAUUCAUAAAUUGCUAAGUGCAAAAAAUGAAAUGCUUCAUUCAUAAAAAGUAAAAACAUGGAUUUUUAAUUGGGGUUGAGAAUCGAUUAAAAGAAAUUAAUUGCACAAUUGUAUGUUAUUAAUCAUAAUCACAUCUAACAUUAAAACAUGCAGUCAUAAAAGACAUAAAUAAAUUAAAUAUACACAAAAUUAACACAGGAAUUUUUAAAAAUGUAAUUGCAUAGUUUAAACUUAAACAAUGACCUGAAACCUGACCCUUUAACAAAAUACUACGUGAGCAAGUGCAACCUGAAUUUGAAUGCCUUCCUAAAAGGCGAGUUGAAAACGAUGCCAGUGUAUUAAUACUCAAAUUGGCAUAGCAUAUGAAACACAGACAUGUCAAAGUGAAUUUAAACGAUCGAAACGACUGUCGACUUUGAAUGCACUGCUAAAGACCAACUUGAAAUAAGCACCUCUUUAAAACUUGUGUUAAAACUCCACAAAUGCCAUCCUCAAUAGUUCAUCACCAUCAACGACUGUAUAAAUAUACUCUAAAUUAGUGUUUUCAACUGGUGCGCAUUGAGAGCUACCCAGGUGUGCCAUAUAGGACCAUCUGUAUGAGCAGGCAAAAGGACAAAGCAGCUGGGAAAAUGCGUCCAAGGUGCUCUCUGAGUGCUGUGUCUGCGAACGCCAGUCUCCAAGCUGCUUUUCCUUCUGAAUGUUCAGUCCCUUUGGACAGUUUAGCAUGUCUAAGAGAUUUCAUGCCUUUGUGGCUGGUACAAUCGUGAUGUGCCUUGGGAAUAUUUGGGUUACAAAAAGUGUGCCACCACAGAAAAACGGUUGGAAAGCACUGCUCUGCCUAUAGCUUUGCUCCUGACACGCUAAAAAAAAGAUCUCCAUAACUUUUAUCUUACUUAAAAACUGACACCGUUCAUUACUUAAGAGGUUAUGUUGCAUUCUUUGCAAAAAUUAGUGAAAAUACUGCAAAAUGGUAUCAUGGGUAGGGAUAAUUAUUACACUUUUAUUUCGUAGAAUGUUGUCAUUAGGGCAGUCAGCACUGUAAGCCACCUGGCAGACUGGCGAGUUGAAUACAGAGGUACGAGAGACUUAUUUUGGUUUUGGUGCCAUUCAAAGAAAAUGUAUGUUGUACACAUGUGAUAUGACAUUGAAUUGAUCUUCAUACAGAAACAUGACAUGAAUAAAAAGGAGAGAGUGUAAUUUUUACCUUGGCUACUUUUCUUUAGCAUUGCUGCAGGACUGCCAUAAACCCCCCUUCCUCACACUCCCCUGCACCCAUGUCAGUAUUUAUAAUUCAAAGGAGUGAACACCAGCACCACGUACUAACAUGUGGCGAGGCGUUGUGAAACGUGUAAUUUGAAACUUUUAAAUUAAAUUUUAUUUCCCAAAAUAUUUUAAGGUAGUAUAUAAAUAUGGUUCUGGAUGUGUAUGUAAUUCUUUAGGUCUUCACUUAACUUUUUUGUAUUAUUGUUUCAUAAUGUAAAAAAACAAAAAGUAAAAGAAUGACAUGAAAUGGCGCCCCGACCAAAGCACUGCCUGACGCGAUCGCCUCAUUCCCAGUCCUGGAUCUGACAAUAUUUUCUAACGCGUUAAACAGGCCCUAUUAAUCAUAACAAUUAACGGGUUAACUUUCCCAAGUCUAUUUUUAAGUUACGUUGCACCUACUGUACAUUUUGAUUUAUUUUUUUUUUAUUUUGAGUUGAAAGGAGAGUUUGCCUGAACUGUAGAGACAUCGGUUCAUUGAAAUCUUCAUCGUGACUUAAUGCGUCAGUCCUUUAAUAUCAUUUAUCCAUCCAUCCAUUAUCCAACCCGCUAUGUCCUAACUACAGGGUCACGAGGGUCUACUGGAGCCAAUCCCAGCCAACACAGGGCACAAGGCAGGAAACAAACCCCGGGCAGGGUACCAACCCACCUCAGGGCACACACCAAGCACACACUAGGGACAAUUUAGAAUCGCCAAUCCACCUAACCUGCAUGUCUUUGGACUGUGGGAGGAAACCAGAGCACCCGGAGGAAACCCACGCAGACACGGGGAGAACAUGCAAAUUCUACGCAGGCAGCAGUGCUACCCACUGCGCCACCGUGCCACCCUCAUUCAUAACAUAAAACGUUCAAAUCCAAAUUCAGCAUCACUUUGGGGGGUUGCCGUUGGAUCCAAGAUGCAAAAUAACACUGUUGUGGGCACCAGUCCUUGGCAAUGUAUGGAGUUGAAUUGCCAUGGACUCGCACCUCAAAGCAUCUCAGUUCAAAGAUUUCCACUGUGGUAACUGCAGGUGUCUAACCACGAAGCCACACCGUUUGACCCAGAAGUGAUCUCCUUGCAGUGUGAUUUAUAUGGAGAGCUCCUUUAGUCAGCCCUGCAGAGACCGCCUUUGAAAACGGUGAGCGGAGCACUUUCUUGUGACGUCAGCUGAUCUCUCGCUCUGUGUGUCCACAAGCCCCCACCUUGUCUGUGCAGCAUUGCCUCUACAGUCCACCCAUCCACAGUGCAAAUCCCAUCCUCGUCGCCAAGUGAACUGCUGUAGACUCACAGCACGGAGCAUCUCGGCUUGAAGAUUUGCACUGUGGUAGCUGCCAGUGGCCUCUGACUCAGAGGCAAUCUUGUUACAGUGUGAGCUAAAUUAAUGUCUCCGUAGUAAAGAGAAGAAAAGGGAAAAUGGGGUCACUUAGGACCCUACCACGGUAAAACAGGCCCAAUUUACAAACCCCAGUCAGCUCAAAAAGCUCAUCUUAGGCUUUGCAAGCCACACCUUGGAAGUGCUCCAGAAAAUGGCUUCACAUUUUACACGGAUGAAGCAAGUAGGUCUGAAACAAAAACAAUGAAACACUUCAGGGCAUUACUUUCCAUCUGUGUCAGAACGUCACCCAUAUAUGUAAUCAUUUUGUUACAGAUGUGAGUUUAGUCGGCAUUGCUUUUAAGAAAAGCAGAAUUAAAGCAUUAAGGGAAUCGUUAAUCAAAAAGGGAGAACGGACACGCGUUUGUGCCUCUUCAGCAUCGGUGAUAUUUAACAGCCAGUUCAGAGAGUUUUGUGUUCUGUUUUUCACCGUUCUGCCUGAAAUAUAUAGCUAGUGUUACGUGAAAUAAUAUAAAUUACAAUCACACUGGCCAUUCUAAUACUGACAAGAAUUAAAGAAGUUAGUGCAUUUUUUAAAACCAAUUUACCAUUUUGUGUUUUUUAUUUUAAAUAUCUCCUAAGGAUACAACAAUAAAUUUAUACCUCAGUAUUUUGUAUUAAAUAAAUACUUUCUAAUCCUCUUUUUAUUUUAUGAUUAGAGGAAACCUAUCAUAUAACCAGCUGUCUCAGUUUAACACAUUCAUGUGCUGGCCCUGCUGGUGUCAGCUGACUUUCUUUAGAUCUCCGCACUUAUUCACACCAGAUAACUCCAUUUUUAAAAAUAUUAUAUACUGAAUAUUUUACGUUGUUGUCACGUGUGAUGCAUUAACAGGCAACUUGCCCUUCACACGCGACAUGCUGUAUGUGCAUUGAGCAGAGCGAGGCUAUGUAGGAGGCAGCCGAGGUGAGCACUCGUAUAGACGAUGACUCUUCUUAGUUCUUUUGUCACCUCGCAUUUCAGGUUCUUUUGGGCUUAAACAAGCAAAAACGGUUCAAAUUGUUCGCAACAGAAAGUUGCUAAUCUCAUGGCGAAGUGACAUGGAUGUGUCGGCUACACUUGCUGUGACAAACGGCGUAGCACACACUGUCUUAGUUUGGCAGAGAGGAAACUUUAUGUGUUCUGGUGGUUUCAUGUAAACUGAAUUAUUAGUGCCAAAUCAAAUGUGAUUUUUCUUUCUUUUGUUUUCAUUCCUUUUCUUUUAUUUGUGUUUAUAAAGGCGUACUUUGCAAUUGCUGGGUGAAUCACCAGCUAAAAUAAGAAAUGCACUUGAAAGGAAAUUAAAAACAAGUCAACAAUUUCUUCAUUCUUAAGAAAUAAUCCUGUUUAAUUAUUCACGCUCGCAGACAAUUUGAGCUCAGCCAGCUCUGCAGAGGCAGUGGAAUUAGAAGCGACAGAAAGUGAUGAAGAUGGCCGUGGGACAUAACAAACAUGGAGGGUGCGGGUAGCCAAACACUAAAGCACUAACAGCAGUGGGCCAGCAGGCAGGAGAAGCGGUCAGAUGCAGAGCUCCCAUGAACAGCACAAGUGUUGAGCUCCCACUUCCUUGAAUUCAUUUUUUGACAUUUUAUACAUCAGUUGAAGACUGGCCAAGAAGCAGUCGUGCAGGUCAUAAAAUCUGUUCAAGAAAUUCGGGCAAAUCAUGUGUGUGUUAGCAGGAAGCCCUCCAUGUAGCGCAGUGUUGAAAAAUGAUGGUAAGGCCUUCCUUUCUGAGGCCAAAGAAUCCAGCUGUUUCAGAGGACUCGAGACAUCUGUGUUGCAGUUCCGAAUCUGCACAUCUGCCUCACGCCCAGAAUCUUUCAAAAAGUCGGUUCUGUUAUGAUAAAGCCUUCUGUUAAGAGUUUCACUGUCUAAUUUUAGAUUCUCAGUGUUGCUGGUGAAUCAUAAAGGAAGUUUACAGUCAUAUUUCUGCAGGAGGCUCUGUGCCCAAGAAGCUCCCGUCCCCUUCCAUAACGGUGGUAGUGCAUGUUACUUCAAAUUGUCCACCUGCCCAGGGACUAAAGAGAGAAGAAAAUGAUAAAAUGCAUUUAUCUAAAUGUGAAAACCAUGCAAUGUAUGAAAUUAUAUUAUUGUCAUAAAUGAUCAUUUUACAAUGUCCAUGUUUAAUAAAGUCCAUAAGUAUCUAAUGA